AUGGUCGACCCCGUACAGUGCCUGCCGUACGAGACCGCACUCCACCUCCUCUCCUUCCUCGACCCGUAUACCCUCACGCAGGCCUCCUGCGUCUCUCGGUCCUGGUCGGGACUGGUCCAGGACAGCCAGCUAUGGAGGAGGGUCGCCCUACGCCUGGGCUACCACCAAGGUCCCUCCCACCCUCGAUUGACGGUCGCCGCCGGCACACUCAGGGAGAUACCGGAAUCGCCAGAAGAGGGCACCUUGGACGCUUCUACGGAGCUUGAGCGUGCCAUCGACACGCACCGCUCCAGGAGCGUCACCCGAGCCUUUGACAAUUGCCGCAACUUCCGACAGUUCUGCUGCCUCCUUUGGAAGCUCGAGUGCAACUGGGCCGGCAAAAAAGCGGCCGUCGGUCCCGGAGACCAGGGAGAACAAGGUCGCCUCGCUGCCGACUCGGAGGUGCCCCGCCUGCGGCCAAAGACGGCGAGGCGCUUCCCAGACUCGCCAAACGGAGCUUCUCCCGACGUCUGGAGGUUCAAGCUGGACCCCAUCGAAAAGACAAUCAUCUGCACCGGGUGUGAAGGCGGCGUCACCGUCUACGACGCCCACACUUUUGAGAUCCUGUGGCACCUCGCGCCGCACCAGACGAGGCAGCAUCCGCAUCUCGAGUUCUCCGAGGGCUACAUGAUCUUUGACCGCAUCGACCUCGACCACUUCGAGGUGUGGAAGAGCGAGAGGAUCUCGAGCCGUGACGAGCUCGGCGGCAAGGCUCCCGAGCGCGGGCGCUACCUGCCGCACGCUCGCCUCACGUCGCCCCGCGCGAUCCGGGCGUACCGCUUCCAAUUCCCCGUGCUGGCCGCCGCCACCCGCGACGGCGCCGUGCUGCUGUGGAACGUGCCCGAGCGGCGCCUGUUCCAGACCAUCGACAUCUCGGCCUCGCCUCACGGCGACGGCAACAUCAACUACAUCGACUUUGACGACGAGUACGUGUUUCUCAUCGGCGACGGCGCCAAGAACGUCUCGGUCUUCUCGCGUGCCACGUCGCGCAUGGCGUGGAACCUCGGCGAGCAUUUCGAAAAGGGCAGAGCGGGGCCCUCGACGUGGAGGACGACGAGAGGCGAAGCCGUCUUCCGCGAUUGGACGUUCAGCCAGGCAAAGUGGGUGCCGAUGCCCCCGGGCGCGUGGCAGUCGUCGUCGAACCGCAUGAACGACGCCCAAGUCUUUAUGAAGCCGUACCAGUGCUGGGGCGCCAUCCACCCGGACAUCAAGACCAACACGCUGCUGGUGCUCGGCCAGGGCUCGCUCCUGCUGCUGAGGGACUACAAGAGCUUCUUCCGCGACACGUCCAAGCCGCCCGCCGCGUUCGACGAGCUCCUCUUCCGCGAUCUUGUGAUGGGCGUCGACCCUCGCUACGUGUCGGUGGAGUUCGACUUGGAGCGGGACCCGCUAGCAUGGAACAGCCGCGAGCAGCUCUGGGACGUCUCUCCGCCUUCGCUGAUGGCCGUGCACGACGGCAAGGCCUUCUGCGUCAAUCUGCAACCGAUGUUCGUCGAUCUGGAGCGGCCCGCGCCCGUGGUUGCAAGCGAUCCGGGCGACGGCGGACCGGCUCCGGCCGACGACGCCGUCGAGCGUGCUGCCGGCCGGGGUCCUCCGUGCAGCCUCUACCUCAACUACAACAGCUUUGUGGCGCCGGACCACGACGUCUGGGUGACGGCGCUGUACGAGUCGAGCUGCGUCCAGAUGGACGGCACGGCGGCUUUCUGCGUCGACAUCGACUUUGACUCGCGGCCCCACAUCCAGUCGUUUGACUUUGCGCGAACCCGCCGGCCGAGGCAUGCCUCGCUGGCCUCGCGGAACCGCAACGCGGGCAGCGCCGCGGACAGCGGGAACGGCUCCUGGGAUAGCGAUGACAUCGAUGGGGACCACGAGGAUGCCGAGGAGGCGGUGGUGUGA